AGGUCAUGUGACCAGUAGAGCUCGUCCAAAAUGGCUGCUGUGGCGCAUAAAGGUUCACCACAAAAGUAUACAUCAAGCCUCAAAGUUGGCCCAGGAACACUUGUAUGCUCAGAAGCAGAAAUAGUUGGCGAUGUGACAAUAGGUGCCAGAAGUAUUGUUCACCCAAAAGCUCAGAUCAUCGCUGAAGCUGGACCAAUCAUCAUCGGGGAAAGCAAUCUCAUAGAGGAGCAGGCUGUCAUUAUCAACAGAUUCCCAGAGGGAGUGGAAAAAUCUACCCAAACUGUCAUGAUCAUUGGCAACCAUAAUGUCUUUGAAGUUGGAAGCCAUAGCGAAGCGUUAAAAAUUGGUGAGCACAACGUCAUAGAGGCCAAAGCCCGAGUGGGACGUCAGACAGAGCUAACCAAUGGCUGUAUUAUCGGGGCAAUGUGCUCAGUGGCCAGUAACGAAGUCUUACAGGAGAACACAGUCAUCUUCAGUUCAGACUGCGAGAGACGCAUACAGCAAGAUAAGCCACCACCUCAGACACUCCAGUUGGAUUUCCUGACAAAAAUUAUCCCUAACUACCAUUAUUUGAUGAAGUCUCAGAAACUGGGAGCCAAAUAGUGUCCUGUGCAGAGGAUGGAAGAUUCUUAUUUAUUAUGUAUAUUUAUCAUUUCAUGUUUGAAGAUGUACUGAUCUUCAACAACCUGAUUGUAGACAACGGUGUUUCAUUAUGUACAGUAUAGGCUGCUAUGUAACUAGAGAGGACCAGCUUUUCAUGGCAUGAUAUGUAGACAAAUACUUAACCCAAGAAAAUGCUGAAAAUCUGUGGUGUUGGCAGUGUGAUUUUUUUUUUUUUUUUGUUCUGUUGGGAAGUUAAUCGUCAUGUAAGAUGCCAUGUCAGGUCUCAAGACCACAAAACAAUCUUGGAUUUAAGUCAAAAUACCAAACGAUCUUAGAUAUAAGUCAAAAUUUCAUAUCACUUCAGAAGCUGCUGUGUACACGUAGACCUACAUCAUACAUAUUAUACAGAGAGAAAUCUCUGUGCGAGUUUCAUGAAUGUUUCAGUAUAGCUCUAUUCACUUGUCAAUUGCGAUUUGUUCUCUUUUGAUUUACCUGGCAUACAGUUGCAUUAAAUAUGCUAUGCAUAACA